UUUUGUGGAAUGGUGAAGGCUGUCUUCAAGCAAUUUGGAGGAGGAGGGUAUGGCUCUGGUUUAUCGGAUGAUGGAGAACUCCAUCAACACCAGAAACUAGAGAAGCUUUACAUAUCCACCCGUGCUGCCAAGCAUUACCAAAGAGAUAUAGUUCGUGGUGUCGAAGGUUAUAUAGUCACGGGGUCAAAACAAGUUGAAAUAGGGACGAAACUGUCUGAGGAUAGCAGGAAAUAUGGUUCAGAUAAUACAUGUACGAACGGUAAUGUAUUAACAAGGGCUGCAUUGAGCUACGGACGUGCUCGGGCGCAAAUGGAGAAGGAGCGUGGAAAUAUGUUGAAGGCUCUUGGUACACAGGUUGCUGAGCCAUUACGGGCAAUGGUUUUAGGAGCCCCGUUGGAGGAUGCUAGACAUCUUGCCCAACGUUAUGACAGAAUGCGCCAAGAAGCUGAAGCUCAGGCUACAGAAGUUGCCAGACGCCAAGCAAAGGCAAGAGAGUCUCAAGGUAAUCCUGACAUCUUGAUGAAACUGGAAUCUGCUGAAGCAAAACUUCAAGACCUAAAAUCAAAUAUGACAAUACUGGGGAAAGAAGCCGCUUCUGCUUUAUCUUCCGUUGAAGAUCAACAACAAAAAUUGACUCUUGAACGACUUAUUUCAAUGGUUGAAUCCGAACGUGGCUACCAUCAAAGAGUCCUCCAAAUCCUUGAUCAGCUCGAAGGAGAGAUGGUAUCUGAGAGGCAACGUAUUGAAGCUCCCUCUACUCCGUCAAGUGCAGACAAUAUGCCGCCUCCUCCAUCAUAUGAGGAAGCUAAUGGAGUGUUUGCAUCUCACAUGCAUGACACGUCAACAGAUAGCAUGGGUUACUUCUUAGGAGAGGUCUUGUUCCCAUAUCACGGUGUGACAGACGUCGAGCUCAGCUUAUCAACUGGUGAAUACGUUGUGGUUAGAAAGGUUACAGGCAGUGGAUGGGCAGAAGGUGAAUGCAAAGGCAAAGCCGGUUGGUUCCCUUAUGAGUACGUCGAAAGACGGGAACGAGUUCUUGCUAGCAAAGUGUCCGAAGUUUUCUAA